CUGUCUGCGUGUUAGUACAACAUAUUUCAACGUAUUCUGCACAAUUUGAAUGGAUGAAUGUUUUUAAAAUCGCUCCCGUAGUAGACCCAGGAUAUGGUUUCCUUAUACAUGUUAAGGUUCCUGUAUAUAGAAGUAACAACGUGACAGAGUUUCAAGAGUCUCUUAAAAAUGUUGUAAAGCCAUACACGGAUAACAUUAAUCACGACGAUACUUAUGUGAAAGUUUGCCAGCGUCUUAUCGUCUUUUGUCGGGAAAUUGAUAUGAUUGUAUUUUUGUGGAAAUCCAUUUUCCGACCUGGCACAACCAUCUAUGAAGACCUUAACGAAUAUUCCCUUACUCAUAUAAAUUAUUUUAUAUCAAUUGAUAAUGCAAACGGGUUAGUAAAGCACCUUGAGGCAAUACCUGAUGAUUUUGACAUUGAUUAUGUCUCAAAGUUCCACGAGAGAAUCUUUACAUUAUUGGAUAGUCCUGAAACAAUUUGGGAUGAAAAUAAUAUCGAUUCAAUGCUCAAGCUACUCAAUAACACUAAAUUGAAUUGGCAAAAGGAUUCUGCACUGAAAGCACUCAACUAUAUUUCU